AUGAAAAAUCAAAACUUUUUAAGAAAAAUAUUAAAAUUAAAGAAUGAACUUUUUGGUCAGUUUUCUACUACUAUUACCAAAGAGUCACGGAAAACAGCAUGGAUAAAUGUAAGAGAUUAUGCUGUUUCAAUAGGUCUAAUAGGAAGCGACAAAGAGUUUUGUUAUGUACGCGACGUAACUUGGCCUAACCUAAGGUCCAGAACAAUGACAAAAAUUGACCAAUCAAAUAAAACUGGCGCACAAGGAGGUCCCGAAUCAAAAUUAGAUGACACUGAUAAACUAGUGAUAGAAAUAAUUGGAAAUGAAUCUCCUGUUGUUCAAGGAAUUGGCGUACCCGAUUUAAUGGAAACUGUUUCCGAAGUUAAAGAGAUUACCGAGGACUUUAGUUAUUCUAUGCCCAACGAAAACGAUGAUAAUGGCACCACAAAAAGCAAGUGCUCGCUUCAGCAAAGUUCAUGUAGAGGUAAGAAAAGAGUUAUCGUUCAGCUACCAGAUAAUGCUAAGAAUAUUCAAUCUCUUAAAAUAAAGAAACUUCAGCUUGAGGUUCGGAAGUUGGAACUGGAAGUUAGGGAAAAAGAAUGCUCAUUUUGUUCAUACUAUUAA